AUGGCUAAGGCCACAAUAAGAGCUGAAGUAGCUGCCCUUUACAGCCUCAUUCCUCCACUACCAUCAAGAUCUCCCUCUGUACUAAACCCAUUUUAUGAGGAGCUGGCCUUUUCAGAUUCCUUCUCUGUAGCAGAGUGUCCUUGUGAAGGUGAUGAGGGCUCACCAAAUUGUACAAUGAACGAAAAGCUGGUAAGAAUCCUUGUGGCAUCAAGAUUGAGGGUAUUGGGCAGUUCUCUGAAAAUGCCUUAUCUAUCUUGUGGUGUUUCUGUGCUAUAGUAGACACCCACCACAAAGUAUCUGAAGAGGCUAAAUGGCUCUUCCAGAUGAAAUGCAGCCCUAAAGAUCUUGUACAGUUGCAAAAUACCCUUUGGAAUGUUUCAGCCAGUCAACCAAUACUGGAGCAUGGUACAAAGAACCUCGAUUCCACCUCAUUUUCGGAUCUGGUUGAGGAGCGUUACAUUGACAGUUUUGUCGUAGAUAUUUGCAAAAGCAAGUCUCUAGACAAAGCAAGAGAAAUUGGAAAGGGUUUCACUGUCUUCUUUCCAAGUCAGUUCUAUAAUUGGAUGAGGUCAAGUGACAAAUAACUCCAAAAGCGGAAGUUGAGAGAAAAUGUAGAGCAGCUGAAACAAGUCAAUGACCUCCAGCAAAUAUUGAUGCAAAUCUACCUGCCCAACCACUGGAGAUUGAUGUUUGUGGAUCUAGUGAAUAGGGAGAUGUAUUUUGACAAUGGACUUUAG